AUGUCGGACGAUGAGUUUACCGGCGCCGAUGGCCCACCCGGCAGCGCCGCCGGCGCCGAUCGUGACAAGCGCGCACCGCGCUUCAGCUGGACGCCGGCCUACGAGGCCACCUUCUUCCGAUCCCUCUGCGAUUCGGUUCAGCUGGGCCUUCGAGAGAACCACUCUUUCAAGGCCGAUGCCUGGGACCGCGCCGCCACUGCUUUGCGCGAAAAGCACGGCGCAUAUCCCACCAAGAGCCAUCUCGUAAACAAGUCGGAUAACGCGCGCAAAAAGUUUCGUCUUUGGCGUGGCCUGCGCGAGGAUCCAGAGUUCCUCUAUAAUCCAAACACCCGCACCGUUACAGCCUCGGAAGAGGCCUGGAAAGCGCAUAUUGAGAAAGAACCGCUUUCACGCGCAUUGCGAGGGCGGCCAUUCGAGCAUGAGCAGUACAUGGAAAUUCUGUACCCGGAUGUCGUGGGAUCUGGCGGUGCUCCGAAACGCAUCAUGAAGCCGAAGCGCAAAGGUCCCGAUGUGAUCCAGGGUUCCGAGGACCCGGAUAUGCCGGGCACCGCCGUCCUGGACCUCCAAGUCGACCCACCAUAUCGCCCGCCCUCCCAAGCCGGCGCGACCCAGCAACCCCAGCAGCAGCAGGCGCGUGGCUCAGUCAGCCAAACCCCCGUAGCACCCGUUCAUCAGCCCAUGAUACCCCAGCAGCAGCAGGCGCAACAGCAACAGGCGCAGCAGGCGCAACAGCAGCAGCAGCAGCAGCAACAACAACAACAACAACCACAGCAAAGACCCACAUCCACCGCCAUCCCCCCCAGAACGCAUAUCGCUGGCACAAGCGCACUCACGCCGCCCGAGGAGACAGCAACAGGACGAAAGAGGUUCCCCCAACAUGCCCCGACUUCCGACGCCGCCAAGGCACCAACCGCGCAAAUGGGUCACUCGACAGCCCAGCCGACAGAGAAGCGCCGCCGGAUAUCUGGCUAUGCAAAUCCCGCUCAGGCGGCGGCGGCCGCCGCAUCGUCUUCUUCGACCAACACGGACGCAUCGACCGCUUCGAUGGUCAACGCAGGCAGACAGCUGAUGGAAGACGGGUUCCUCAAGAUCGCCGACGCUAUCCGCGGCCGCGGCCCGCAAAAGUGGCCCGAGCAGGCCAUUGACAUCUUCUUCCGCGACUUUUCCGACGAAGACCUGGACCUGCAGCUCAAGAUCGCCGAGAAGGCUCUCACGGAUGACAACAAGGCCAUGAUCUUUUGCAAGAUGCGCCCAGAGCUGCGAAGCCAUUGGGUGAAGCGGCUCAGAGAGCUGCACAACAACAGCCGCAACGCGUAG